UCCUGGAAGCACAGCAAUAGCGAGAAACCGGUCUCAGACACAGACGUUUUCCGUGGGACCAACGUUUGCAUAUAAAGAGACGGUGCUCCCUUCUUCUCGUCAUUCAGAUCCAUACUUCCCACCAGCUCAUCCGUUGGUAAAAGAAUCCAGCAGAAUGAUUGGACAGUCGACUCUUCUCGUGGCACUUGCCUUUUGUGCCUUUGCAACGGCUCUUCCAGGAAAGCCUUAUGCUGGUGCAGGAGCUGGGCAAUUGGGAGGUCUUGGAGGUGUAGGAGGUCUUGGAGGUGUUGGAGGUCUUGGAGGUGUUGGAGUAGGAGCUGGACACCUUGGAGGUGUUGGUGUUGGAGCUGGACAUCUUGGAGGAGCUGGUGUUGGUCUUGGAGGAGUUGGUGGUGGCCUUGCAGGUGGAGCUUUGGGCGUUGGAGGAUCCUCCUUCAAUCCAGCCCACUUCCCAGACCUCGUUCCAGGAUUCCCAUUCCAUCAGUCCCAUCCAGGCCAGGGAUUCGGUGGCUGCAAAUACUGGUGCCGUAGCUCUUACCAGAAGAACUAUUACUGCUGCACAAGGUCCACCUAUGCUGGAUAAGGCAAAGGGAUUAUUGAAACAAACCCUCCCUUAUCAUUUCAAAUAAAUGUUAUCAGUAAUAUUCCUUUAACUUAACAACUAUUUCUGACCUUUUAUUUUUAAUUUUGAUGUUGUUUUACAUUUGAUCUUAUAAUAAAACGUUAUUUUUGCUUUUCAA